AAAAAAUUACUACAUUGAUGUCUUCUUACGAGAAUAAUGAUGUUCCUAAUUUUUCAUUGAUUAAAGAACGUACUUUACAAAAAGAUCGAGAUGAAAAUCUUGAAAAGCAAAUUGAUUCUAACAAAAAAGGCCGUAUCAUUCUGGUUGGAGCAGGUCCAGGAGAUCCAGAACUUAUGACUAUUAAAGCUAAUAAAGCACUAAUGUCGGCAGAUUUAAUUGUAUCUGAUCGGCUCGUUCCUCCUGCUAUAUUCUCAAAUGUUACAUGUGAAAUUCGUUUAGCACCUGCAAAAUCAGGGGAGGAUAAAACACCUGAAUCACAAGAUCAAAUUCAAACCUGGUGUCUUGAUGCAUUAAAUGAAGGUAAAACUGUCGUACGACUGAAAGUUGGUGAUCCAUUUUUGUUUGGACGUGGAGGAGAAGAAGUAACAUACUUCAGGGAUAAGGGUUGGAAUGUUGAAAUCAUUCCCGGAAUAAGUAGUGCAUUAUCGGCGCCGAUGGCCGCAGAUGUGCCUGUGACACAUAGAGGGUUGUCAGACCAAGUACUCAUCAUAACUGGUCAGGGAACCAAAGGACGAUUGCCAGAACUACCUAAAUAUCACGAGAUGCGUACUACAGUUGUACUCAUGGCUGUUGGUAAAGCAAAUGAAUUAUCAAAAGAGUUAUUAGAUAAAGGAUAUCCCGAAAAUUUGCCUUCAGUAUUUGUAGAGAAUGGUAAUCGUCCUGAAGAAAGGAUCAUUCCCGCGACGGUUUCAACAUUAGGGGAGGUGGUAGAAAAACAACAUAUAGUUUCUCCGGCGACACUUAUCAUUGGCCGAUCAGUAAAUGCAUUAACCAUUUAA